GUCACACUCCAAACGCACUCCAACCACGGAAUAUAAACAUUUGACAGAGAUUUGACACAAUCCAAUUUGGAGGCCAAUGAAAACACACGCACACCAUCACACAUCCGUCGUACUGACACAUCGACUUCGUUUGACAAGCAAUACAGGCAAUUUGCAUGUUUAUCGCAAAUUCACGUAAAAAAAAUCGUUCUAGAGUGUAUUAAGUGCUGCAGUAAAAAUGCGUACGAAUGUGUCAUUCAAUUGAUUUAAUUGAUUCAGUUUAUUUCUUUUAAUUGAACGGUCUCGAACGAAUCGUAGCAUUCAAACGGUAUAUGCUUACAUUUGGCAGCAUCCAAAUCAGUUGGUGUUAAAUUUGGAUUUUAUUCGCAUUUUAUUUAUUUUAAUGUUCUUUCGAACGCUGUAAAACAGAUUUUAUUUGCAAGUACCACAUAAUGGCUUUUAUCGUAAACGACGUCGAAUUGUCACCGGGACCAAAGACUCUUUUGUUUGACAAACACAUCGAAUACAUUGCCAACCAUGGAAACGAUCAAAAUGACUACGAAUAUUGCAUGACGGAAUUUUUACGAAUGUCUGGCAUUUACUGGGGAGUUACCGCGCUCGAUCUCACCGACCAUCUGGAUAAAAUUGACCAAGAUUCAAUCGUUGAAUUUAUCAAAAAAUGCCAUUGUCCCGUGUCUGGGGGAAUUUCACCGUGUGAAGGCCAUGAUCCACAUGUUUUGUACACACUGAGCGCUGUUCAGAUUUUGUGUAUUUAUGACCGUUUGCAUGAGAUCGACUUAGAAGCAGUGGCCAAAUAUGUGAGCGGACUACAACAACCAGAUGGCAGUUUCUUUGGUGAUAAAUGGGGCGAAGUUGAUACACGAUUCUCAUUUUGUGCUGUGGCCAUUUUGACACUGAUUAAAAAAAUGGAUGUGAUCAAUUUACCAAAAGCAAUUGAGUUCGUGAUGUCUUGUUGCAAUCCAGAUGGUGGAUUUGGUUCAAAGCCUCACGCCGAAAGCCAUGCUGGUUUGAUUUAUUGCUGCGUUGGAUUUCUGUCAUUAACCCAGCAACUGCAUCGUAUUGAUACUGAAAAACUAUGCUGGUGGUUAUGCGAGCGUCAGCUGCCCAGCGGUGGUCUAAAUGGGCGUCCAGAGAAGCUACCAGAUGUUUGUUACUCUUGGUGGGUUCUGUCAUCACUGACCAUCAUGGGCCGAUUACAAUGGAUUAAAGCUGAUCAACUCGAACAGUUCAUCUUGUCUUGUCAGGACAACGAAACUGGUGGCUUCAGUGAUCGUACCGGCAAUCUACCCGACAUUUUCCAUACACUCUUCGGCUUGGCCGCUUUAUCCUUACUGAAAGCCGACAAACGCCUUAAACCAAUUAAUGCCACACUUUGCAUGCCACAGUACGUCAUCGAUCGGCUCAGUAUUAAGCCACAAAGUUUAUAAUUCAAUGUAAUUUAUGUAAAUUUGGGCAUAGUUUAGAAGAAAUGUAUCGAAUUCCAUUAGAGUUGGAUUUAAUCGCAUUCGCUCAUUUUAUUUCGACUAUUUUCGUUGGAACUAUUUCUAUCGGUGGAUGACAAUAGUCAAAAGAACUCGAAAAUAGUGUAAUCAAACAAAUAAUACAAAUUCCAAAUAACAAAUCGAUUAUAAUGAAAUUAUUUCAAAUAUUAUAUAAAAACCAAGAGGUUUACGAGAAAUGAAGAAUAAAAAUAAAGACGAGAUAUGAAACA